GUUCAAGUUUAAAGCGUCAACGCCGAAGAUUAUCAAAGAGUCAGUGACUCUUUUGUGCACUUAAUUAUGGCAUAUUGGGUUGGUUGCUUGCUUUUGUUGUCUUACAUUUCUCGGCUUUUUGUUGGUUUUUUUUUUUUGGGAGUAUGAGUUAGUUGGUCACACGUCUGCGUAUUUGCCUUUGUUUACCCGUUUUGAUGUCUCUUUUCAAUUUUAAUCAUUGCCCAAUCUUGUGUUUUUCGAGCUAUUUUAUGUGGCUUUGGAGACCAUUGACCCGAAGUAAAGAUCUUAGUUCUUGAUCAGAUCUUGAUCAGAGCCAACCGGAAUCCCAUGAAUGAAACGAAGGAAAAGGCCACCCACCAGACUUAAAAUGCCCACAGGCCAAAUUAAAAACUGGAACUGGAACCAUUGUGGACUGCAGCUACGGAUUGUUUUGUGGCAUGCCGCUAACUUGGGCAACUUGUCAGGCGAAUUAGAUUUACUUUGUGGCACUGCUCAUUAGAUCAUCGAUGUCCAUGUGGGGAUGCAAUCCACUGAACUGGGAUUUGGUAUAAAAGAGGCCUGCUGGGAUCAACUGCAGCAACACAAUUGGUUAAGUCUCCACAGAAGCAGCAGGAAAAUUACCUACAACAAGAUGAAAGGACUGUUACUCAUUACAAUCGCCUGCUUGACGACCUCCAUCCUGGCAGCUCCUGCUCCUGAGCCCGCUCCAGAACCAUCUCCAGCUCCUGCUCCAUCGCCAUCGCCCAGCAUUGGACUCGGAAUAGGUCAUGGCUACGGUGGAUAUGGCUUGGGAUUGGGUCUAGGAAUCGGGCACUACGGAGGACUCUAUGGCCACGGCUACGGCGGCCACUAUGGAGGCCUGGGUCUGGGAUUGGGCUACCAUGCACCCAUCAUUUCCAAGACGAUCAUCGGCAAAAGCUACUUGGGCGGCUAUGGCUAUGGCCUGGGUCACGGAUAUCUCGGAGGCUACGGCCAUGGACUGUACGGAGGACACGGUCUGGGUCUGGGUCUGGGAUACGGACUGGGCUAUGGCUAUGGCCACGGUUGGUAGAGGUGCUUCCAAGUCAAGUUAAGUUAAGCCAGGUGGAGCCGAGACGAGCGUGCAACAUGUGAGAGUUUUCAAUCAAGUCAUAUACUUCGCAGUACCCAAAUCUUAUUCAGUCAGUCACUCAGCAAGUCAAUAAAUCAAUAAAGACAAAGCAAGAAAUGUACAAAAAACUAGAA